AUGUCGAGUAUAGAGGUUGUCGCAUCUGUGAAUGAUGUUGCAAGCGCAGGCUUCACACUAUCCCUCAUCCUCAAUGCGAUAAGUUGCGAAAUAGCGAACGCUCCCUGCGAGAUCAAGGCUAUUUCCAAGAGUGUCACCCUGUACUCCCUCCUGCUCAAGCAAACCGCUGCUGCUCUCGAGAAGCCUGACUCAGUUCACUCGGAAGAGGCGACCCGCACCACAGAACAGGUAUUGGAAGAGAGCAAUGCCGUUUUCGAUGACAUCAAUGCCAUGCUUGAGAGAGUGCGUACAAGGCAAACCGAUGGCACGGUGUCGCCCUCGAUGCCGCAAAAGAUAAGAUGGUCCUUCAAGAAACAUUCAAUCGAGUAUUUGCUUGGACGCUUGGAUCGCUUACAGAUGAGCCUCUCUCUGAUGCUUCAGAUAAUACAACUCGGUACUACUAUGGCCUCGACCUCGCGCCACGACCCACCCGAAAGAGUUCGAUUGAUGAUGGCCAAAGUAUCGAGAGAGCGUGUCGAAGCCCAGACAGUCCUGCUACAGUAUUUUCAGGAAAGCCAGACACUUAAUACGUUAUAUAUGGCGGCUCGGGAAGAGGCCACCGAAUACAUUUCGCCUCUUGACUACCAGAAAGACGACAGAGACCGUAAUGCUUUCACUCUAGUUUCUUCGCGCAAUUCGCAGAUAACCAAGAAUGACGAUGUAGUGCCUCCCACGGAGACUGGCCUUGUCACAAGUCAACACAAACCUAUUCUUACUGGCUUAGGCGAUAAUUGGGCUAGGUUAGGUGCGUCAAAAGAAGAGAUGGUGCGACGAUCGGAAGAGAUUACCAACCAGCUGUUGGAGAGGUGGACAAUCUGGCGACAAAGGCGUGAUCAGGAACCCCGCCAGGCUCGCUCGACACAAGAUGCGCAAUACAAAUCUCAGGUGCAAGACUUAUACGACGAAGAAGAUAGCCCAUUUUACGAAAGAUUUCAAGAACGCGAGGACGGUGCCGCCGGCAAGUAUCUUGAGGGGCCAACGACAGAUUGGCGGCAUCCACAUUCCGCGGACGCGAGGCAAGAAGCACGAAGACUACGGAAGGCGUACGAGCCAUAUCAGCCAAGUAUCGAGGGCAGUAGCGACAUAGAUGCUUCUCCCGGCAGCAACAGCUCAAGAAAACGUCCCCCAAAGAAACACAUCAUCGAUUCUGAUCCAGAGACAUCCGACUCCGAGCACUCAGCAGCAGAAGAGAAAACACGACCGAGAAGAAGGAGCAGCGCUAUUGUGGUGCCUGUACGCCAGAGGUCGACAUAUUACGACGAACCCGCCUCUAUCUCGAAGUCGUACAAUGUUCCUUCCGAGCUGCCAGCACCUCAGCCAUCGCGGACCAUAGCUAACACCAGUGCGGCACGCCCGUCUGUUUCUACAUAUGGCCAGCAAACAUUGCAACGCCCCUUCGCGUCGCCAGACCAAAGCCUACCACGUCAUUCCUUCUCAUCGCCAACACCUGCACACACUCAUAAUAACUCAUUCUAUCAGCCAUCUCCUGGACCUGCUGCACCAGCACAAUACUUCCCUUCAUCUCCCCAAAGUCAAGCCUUCCCACAAGCUCAGGGCCAAAAUCAGCAAUCACGUUACACACCAAGACAACAACCUCAAAGUACUAGGUACAAUCACCCGCAGCCCCGACCACCUUCUCGAGAGGGGACAGUGAGGCCAAGGUCUCGGGAUGGAAAGCCUUCCAGGUCUCCCUCGAGAUUGUCGCGUGAAUACACAACAGCUGAUUACAAGGCCUACGAGGAGGAAAGGAAACGGCACAAGAAAGAGUCAAGGCGCAAUCUUAGCAAUGGUGCUGCUAAAGGCUUACUAGCAGGUGGUGGUAUCGCCGUUCUCUUAGAAGCAUUGGAUUCUUUAAGCUAG